AUGGAACCUUAUGAAAACCAGCUUCCUACGGUUGACGAAAACAAAAAUUCUAUUAUUGAACGUUCUGAUAGUCAUAUCGAAAAAAACAACAAAAAUUCAAACAAUAGAGAUUCGGUUACCGAAAGUCCUUCUACUGUCGAAGCAACUGCAGUUGUUGGUGAGAAUGAAGAUGCUGCUAGCUUUCAAGCAGAAAAUUCUACUACUACGGUUCAUUCCGAGAGUGAUACUAUAGUUGAACUACCUGUUAUUGAAGAUGGAGCACCCGUUAGCUUUCAAGCAGAAAAUUCUACUGCAGAGGAUCAUUUUGAGAGUGAUACUGUAGUUGAACCACCUUUUGUUGAAUAUGGAGCACCAACAAUUGACAUAUUUCCUUAUUGUCCGAUUGAGUUUCCAGAAAACACACCUUUGCUCGACCAAUAUGUCAGAGAGUUAACGUCAUUAUUGCAAUAA